GUGGACGCGGUGUUGCCAGUGUACCGAGGGGAGUGUGCUGGCUUGAAGGAUGGUUAGGUUGAUAUGAAUCCCGCGCGGGAUGACGUGAGACUCUAGGCGGUGUCCGUGACCCGCUGUGUCCGCCGCGCUAGCUUUCCAGAGAGCGAGAACCAAAGACAUGAUUCCUUCGCCGAAGAUCACGAGGCUGAGGCCCCAGUCCGUCCAGCUGAGGGAUGACGCCAUGGGCCACUCCUUCAGCCUCAGUCUGGAGAACCUCGAGGACUGGGACUUCGACCUCGACGCCUCGGGGCCCUCGUCCGCGCCCGUGAGGAUGGUGGUGGGCCCCGUCAGGCGCCACCCGAUCGCCAGCACGCCCAUCAACGAGUCCCACAGCGGCGUGCCCUUCGAGCCAAUCCCGUGCUCGCCCGUGCGGGACAUCAACAUGAUUGGCCGACGCGGGUCCAUGGCGAGCCUCCUCCACCACAGCCCGGGCAUGUGUCGGCCAAUGGGAGGGCGGCUUCCCGGGAUGCUCCACGGCCCCCGCCCAAUCCGCGGGCCGCCUGCCGCCCUGGGCCCCAAGUGGCGGCUGUUCAAGAGAAGGACGUGUCCCGAGUUGCUCAAGACGCGGAGCUCGGACAAUCUGUUCAGGAAGAAAUGCUCAUUGACCUUAGAGGGGAAAAACAGUUAUACCCAGAUACCGAGAGGAAUAUAA